CCGGAAAACGUCAACACUAACCAUUUGACAUAAAGAGUUCUGAUACUUUCUCGUUGCAGCAAGAAGGAUAUUAAUGAUUUAUCUAUUUAAAGAAUGUGACAUCUUCUUGUUAUACUUAAGUCGGUUGUAAAAACUUAAUGGCUUGUGUUUGUUUCAUGUCACAUGGAGUGGUUUUGACAAAACGAUUUAAAGUCUUUACAACGCUCUCAACUACAGAAAACACAAAACAGAAGAAAAAAAAUAUAAAGCUUUAAAAGCAAUUAUUAGUGACAAUGGGUUUAUUAUAUGGAACAUGUAUAGUGAGCUCCAGAUAAAUGAACUACAAACAAGACAGAAAUCUCCAAGAAGAGGUCACCGAGUCUGAGGCAGCACAGAACAACAUUACUGUUAACGGUCCCUUCCAGCCUUUGUUCUCGGUAAAAGUUCCAGAUGCUGUGAAAAAUGGAGAGAUUCUGCAGUUUAACAUUAAAGUAUUCAAGCCAGACACGGACGAGCUGAUAUGUACUGUAUCCAGACAGUAUGAGGAUCUGGAAUGGCUUCAGCACUGUCUCAUGACUGAGAACAACAUCAACGGUAUCAUAUUACCUCCCCUACCUGCCAAACCAGAAACAGAUGCAAAAGCAGCAGAGAAAAAUACAAAGAAACAGCUUGGAAGUUCAACUAAUGUUCUCAUGGCUGAUGAGUUCCAUGUUCACUGUCACAGUGUAGAAAAAUAUCUGGUGUUGGUGCUGGAACAUGAAGUUUUAGGCAAAGACAAAGAAACCCUCAACAAUUUCCUAUGUCAACAAGAGCCACCAAUUCGAGCCAAGCUGAAAAGAGGGAUCAUGAGUCGAUUGUCUUCAGCGGUGGAGGAGGCAAGGAAAGGCCAGCACAGGGACAUAGAUGAAUAUUUCCACAAACAGAGGGAGUGGAGUACAGAGUAUUCCAAGGCAGCCAAGGAAGCUUCACAGAAUUUUAACAGAAUGUUAAUAGCACAGAUGAGAUUGGCUGGUUGCUAUGGACAUUUCGCCACUACAAUGUCGGCCAUGGAUGUGUACCGGGACGCGACCUCUGUACAAAUCAACAUGUUACUAUCAAAAACGGCAGAGGGAAUGGAGGACUCUAAGCGUGGUAUGGAGGUGUUAUGUGUUAAUGACGAAAAGACCCUAGCGCGUCUGUUGGACCUCUACGAUCGUUACAUGGACUCAGUCAAGGAAAUGCUGUUCAGGAGAACCAGCCUAUUGGUGACCUAUGAAGAUGCCACAAAGACAUUAGAAAAGGCCAAACCAGCCAAAAAGGCAGCAGCAGAAGAUGCAAUGACAUCAUCUAAAAAGGCCUAUGAGGAGUGUACAGCGGUUGCUAAGAAAGAGUUAAAGUCCUUUAUGCAGCAGAGAAUCAUUUCGUUUGAAGGCGGGCUAUCCUUGUUUGCUGAAUCACAGAUCAAAACAGCACGAGACACAUAUACCUUGUUAGUCCGAACACUAAAAGCAGUGAAAGAGAUGGACAUAUGACACUCAUCUGGAAUUAAUGUAUUUCUGAGCCAAUCAAUAUGCCUUCAACUCUUGCUAAAAUAACUUACAUAUAGAUAUGUGUAUUUGACUAUUCUCUUACUCAUUGAUGUACUUUUUUUUUAUUAAUUUUGAAAUGAAUUUAUAUUUGUCACAAAUAUGAUCAUAAAUGUAAAACAUGCCUGGUAAUAAGCCCACCCAUCAAUACUGUAUUACAGUGGAAAUGCCAACGAAGGUUACUUUGUUGUUGUGUAAUAAGUCCCACCCCCUAUAUUGAGUCAUAAAUGGGUUUGCCCCCUGGGCUUAUUGCAGGAUAAAUACUGUACACAAGGUGUUUGAUAUAAAGCUGCAUGUUGCUAAGCACAUUGUUUUUAUCAGGAAAUAUAAUUGAAAUUUUAAUAUAUUUCACAUAGUGCAAUUAAACUCAAAUUACAAAAACAUUGUUUUUUUUUAUCAGGAAAUGUCUUGAAACUAUUUCACAUAGUGCAGUUAAUAUCAAAUUGUUAAAAUAUUUUUUUUUAUCAGGAAAUAUAUUGGAACUGUGUUUCACAUAGAGAAGUUAAACUCAAGCCGUUAUUGCAGUGCACUUAAAAUCAAUUUGUUAAAACAUUGUUUUUGUCAAGAAAUAUAUUGAAACUAUUUCACAUAGUGGCGUUACAUCUAACAGAUACAACAUUGUUUUUUAUCAGGAAAUAUAUUGAAUCUGUAUUUCAAAUAGUGCGAUUAAAAUCAAAUUGUUAAAAAAAUGUUUUAUCAGGAAUUAUAUUAAAAGUGUAUUUCACACUGUGCAGUUGAAAUCAAAUUAUUCAAUUGUUCAAAACUAAUAAAGUGUUUAAAAGAUAAAGCUUUGGAAUUCUAAGAAUUGCUUGCUUAUCUGGUCCCUCCAAUGAAUGUUCUUUACUUUUGAGAACUUUCUCAAAUGCUAAAAUUGUAAUAGGGUUUGGGGUUGGAUGUCAAAUAAAAAGUAAAUCAGUUUAAUGUAUUCUGUUAGAUGAAAUCACCCACUGACUUAUAACGGUGAAUGAAUUACAGAAAAAUAAAUGUGAAACAUGUCGAGAAAUUUCAAACUUACAAAAAAAAUGGUUCUUUAUAUUCAGGCAAGAACCUUGGAAUAACCCUUAAAACGAGAUACUAUUACUUCUUUUUCGUUCAGUCUUAUUAUUUAAUUACUGAAGUCUUCAUCUUAAAUAUUAUGUUAUAUAACAUAUUCGUUUAAGAUUUUACUUUUUAUCUCGUCUCAUUUAACAAUGCAAAAAUAUAUAUAGUUUUUAUCAUCUUUAUAUGGUUAGUGUCUAGAAUUAGUGAUCAGUUGUGUUAUAUUAUAUGCUGUAAAUUACUUAUACAAUUGGGUGACAUUAUCUGCAGCAAAUUACUUAUACAGUUGGGUCACAUUAUCUGCAGCAAAUUACUUAUACAGUUGGGUCACAUUAUCUGCAGCAAAUUACUUAUACAGUUGGGUCACAUUAUCUGCAGCAAAUUACUUAUACAGUUGGGUCACAUUAUCUGCAGCAAAUUACUUAUACAGUUGGGUCACAUUAUCUGCAGCAAAUUACUUAUACAGUUGGGUCACAUUAUCUGCAGCAAAUUACUUAUACAGUUGGGUCACAUUAUCUGCAGCAAAUUACUUAUACAGUUGGGUCACAUUAUCUGCAGCAAAUUACUUAUACAGUUGGGUCACAUUAUCUGCAGCAAAUUACUUAUACAGUUGGGUCACAUUAUCUGCAGCAAAUUUUUAUUAAAAAAACAUGACACAUUGAAUGUAACAAAGUAGACCAUCAUAGUAAAUACUCUUCCUGAAACAUUCUUUACUGUCCCUUGUUGAACAUUUACAUAUUAUUUCGCUGAUACAUGUACAAACUUAACUGUCUGCUGGUAUAUGAUUACUGUUAUAUUACAUGAACAGUACGUAGUGAUUAUAUAGAAGUUCAUUCAGCAUUGGUACAAUUUUGGAGUUGGAAGUAGUUGCUAUUUAAGUGUUCUGCGAACAAUAGUUGCUAUGUAGCAGUUCAAAGACUAGUGAUUGCUACGUUUUAUGUCAAUGAGCAGAAGUUGCUAAAUAAGUGUUUAGUGAGCAGUUGUAGCUAUACAAGAGUUAAGUGAACACAGGUUGCUAUAUAGGAAUUCAGUGAGGUAUGGCUGCUAUUUAGGUCAUUGAGCAGUGGUUGCUAUGCAGGAGUUUAAUGAGCAGCAGGUGUUAGCGAGUAGUGGUUGCUUUUUAGGAGUUCAGUGAACAGAGGUUGAUAUGUAGAAGUUUAUUGGUCAUUAGUUGCUAUGUAGAAGUUCAGUGGACAUUUGAUGCAAUAUAGGAGUUCAGUGAACAGUGGUUGAUAUGUAGAAGUUUAUUGAUCAUUAGUUGCUAUGUAGAAGUUCAGUGGACAUUUGAUGCAAUAUAGGGGUUCAGUGAGUGGUGGUUGCUAUGUAUGAGAUACGUAAACAGUGGUUGCUGUGUAUGAGAUACGUGAACAGUGGUUGCUAGCAGGAGUUCAGUGAACAGUGGUUGCUGUGUAUGAGUUCAGUAAACAGUGGUUGCUGUGUAGGAGUUCAGUGAACAGUGGUUGCUGUGUAGGAGUUCAGUGAACAGUGGUUGCUAUAUGGGAACUUAUUGACCAUUGGUUGCUGUAGAAGAGUUUAACGAAUUAUUUGUUGCUCUAUAGGAGAUCAGUUGGCAGUGGUUGCUAUAUAGGAGUUCAGCGAGUAGUGGUUAUUUUGUAGAAGUUCAGUGAACAGUGGUUGCUAUGUAGAAGUUCAGUGAACAGUGGCUGCUAUGUAGAAGUUCAGUGAACAGUGGUUGCUGUGUAGAAGUUCAGCGAGUAGUGGUUGCUAUGUAGAAGUUCAGUGAACAGUGGUUGCUAUGUAGAUCUAGGAGUUUACUGAGCAGGAAUCACUUGUUGUAAAGUUUUGUAUUGUCAGUAUUAUAUACCAAUCAUCUUGUUGGUCCAGAUUCAACAGUUCAAUUGCUGAUUAAACCAUCUGUGAUACUUAUUUCUUAAAGGUUAUGGUAACAAUGUGCAAUAGUCUUAAACAUUUAAGAUGAUUUUACAUUUGAUACAAAUGAACAUUCCAGAUAUUUUGAAUGAAGACAUUAUUUAUAAAUUAAUAAACAUUUUUUUAUAAAUGUUUACCAUACUUUACCUGUGGCCAUUAAAGAUGUAACAGUUGC